ACAUGAGAGAAAAGAAGAAGAACCAUGGUAUUUGAAAAAUGGAACAAGAUGGCCGACACCCGCCUUGAUAGACAAGAGGACCGGGAGGAGUGUCGCCAAAUUGUGGCCCAACGAAGACCCCGGAUCCGAUCGAAUUCUCAACCAGUUGAUGUUUAUACCCCCCGAAUAAUACUGGAAAACCUCUUCCCAUUAAAAAGAUAUUUACAUUCGAUCUAAUAAUGCCGAGUAGGGGCCUCGAAGAUCAGCAGGACAUGUUUAAGGGGUGCCCUGUGGAUAGGUGUGUGUCUACGACCGAUGGCCUCAAUGCCGAUGCAAUAUAUUUCGAAAAAGGUUUCCAUGAUCCAGGACACCAGAGACCAGCCAAUCAGAUCUGGAUAUGGUACAGCCAUGAGAGUCCUAUGAACUGGAAACGAGAGUCGACAAAGUAUCAGAGCGUGUUCAACUGGACAGUGUCAUACAGACGUGGUAGUGAUCUGGUCAACCCCUAUGCCAAGUGGGUGUACUAUGACCCAGGGCAAACCGAGUGGCAGGGGGCGUAUCGCAACUACGCCAAAGGCAAGAGCAAACAGGUCGCCUGGUUUGUCAGCAACUGCUACGCCAAAAACAAUCGGCUAGAAUAUGCAAAGAAAUUGGGCCAGUAUAUACAGGUUGACAUAUAUGGAUAUUGUGAAGCUCAGUACGAAUGUCGUCAAGAAAAUUGGAAAGACUGUUUCAAGAUGCUUAGAACCACAUAUAAGUUCUACUUGGCCUUUGAGAAUUCUAACUGCAGAGAAUACAUCACUGAGAAAUUCUUUGAGAAUAGUCUUCGGCAUAAGGUUAUUCCAAUAGUUAUGGGAGCCCCCAAGGAAGACUACUUACUUGUGGCACCUAAGAACUCCUUCAUUCAUGUGGAAGACUUUGAUUCGCCUGCAGACCUAGCGGCAUAUCUACACAGGAUAGACAGAGACGACGAACUUUACAAUUCUUACUUCAAAUGGCGGGGAACGGGACAGUUUAUGACGAGAACAUGGUCUUACUGUAGACUGUGUGCGAUGUUACAUGACGAUUAUCCGCCAAAAACCUACGAAAACAUAAACGAUUGGUUCAGGGAACCAGACGUUUGCAUAAACGGAACUUGGCGAGAGUAUAGACAGAGGAAGGGUGGUCUCAACCCUUUAUAGUUUAUAUAUAGCUUUAUAGUACCUCUUUAUAGUAAAGCUUAUUAGUCCAGGAAACGAAGACAAAAAAAUGCCAAAUAGGGGAUGCCAAUUCAAGUAUAAGCCAAAAUUGCUACAAUUAUAGGGGAAUGUUUCUUAAACAACAUACUAAAAGUACUGACCGGUGGGGUGGAGCUAAGGGGGGGAGGGGUCUCUAAAGGUGCAUUUUUUCGGUUUUUGUAAAUAACUCAAAAACUAUGGCCUCCAGGAGAAAGGUUGACAUUAGUAAAAUAAACUAUGUAAAAUUCUCUACAAAAAAGGUCCUAUGCACUUUUUUGAUAGGAUUAAUAAUAGUGGAUAUAUAGAGUGGAGAAAAUAGGGAAAAAUAUUCAUUGUUCUAAAUUACUAUAGUUUACUGUUACAAAUUCUACUUGUACCACUACAAAUGAUAAUAAUACUAUGUGGAGUUUUUAAUACAGUUUUGUGCGAGUAAUCCUAGUGAAGGUAUGGAGGGCCGAAAGUCAAGGUCAUGUGGAUGUGGAAGGGAUGGAGCAGACAACCUAUCCCCUCGUCAAUACUC